AUGAACGUGACCGCUCAGUAUCCCGUCGCAGUGCACUCGCCCACCAAGGCUCGUGGCCCUCGUGACCUGGAGGAUGUGCCGUUCCGGAACAAGCAGGCCCGGUUCGACAACCAUGAUGAAUUCUAUUCAUUCCUGGACAACAACAGAGGCCCCGGCGGCAUGACGGCCGGCGUGGCCACGCAGAUCCAGAUCCCACCACAGUCGCAACGCAGCGUGCAGACCCAGGACCAGAACAGUCCCGGCGGCGACCAGAGCAGGCCGCCUGUCACAAACAGCUUUGUGCCUCAGCGGACGUCCAGCGGCAGGUCUCGUCCGCCUUCCUACUCUGGCAGCCGUUCCGAGGAGAUGCUCGUAGACAGGCGAGCAGAGAACGGCGCUGGCGGCGGCGGCGGCGGUGGUCCGCAAAAGAACGGAGACGGCGGUAACCCCCACAAGGUCCAGCGUCAGAAUGGCCGUCGCAACGGCGGUGGACGGCCCACCACAGCUGCUGGAGGCCAGCAACCCAACGGCAACAAGAACUCGCCGCCUAGAAACGGAGCAGCCUCACCACAGCACCACAGAAACUCGGCCGAUGCCGGCAUAGGUGGUGCAGGACGCCCCCUGUCCUCGGGCUCGCUCAGCAACCAGGCAGCCGGAGCGGCCAUUGAGCGGCUCAAGAGCCCGAGCGUCAUGAGCUGCGUGCUGCAGCCCCUCGACAACAAGGUCAAGGAGUACCAAGGCCUGAUGCACCAGGAGCAGGACGAGAUGACGCGGCUCGACGAGGAGAUCCGCGCGCUGCAGGAGCGCCGCUCCCGCGCCGAGAUGCGCUACCUCGACGCCAAGAGCAAGCACGACGACUACCUGCGCCAGCACCAGGACGUGGAGCGCGCCCUGCGCGGCGAGCCGCCUCUGCAGCGGGACCUGGCCUCGGCUCAGCAGAGGCCAUUGCCGCAGUCGCAGCAGUCGCAUCACCAGACUCGACCCGUCAGCAUCCGUGACGAGGAAGAGGAGUUUGAGGAGGAUGAAUACGAGCCCGAGCCUGUCCACCGCCAGAUGAACUCACAGCAGUCAUUUGGUCGGUCAUCCCAAAAGGGAGGUUUUGGCGCUCGUUUUCGAAACAGCAUCUUCGGCAGUCGUUGA